GACAGCCGUUGGCCGGAUAAAAUCUCUCCUAAGUUGUCUAUUCUUUGGUUAGCAGACUUGUAAUGUCUUUACUCUGAAGACCGUUGAAAAUUCGUCUGCUCUGAGUGUUAGAUGAGCCGUGAGUUGAAAUUUUCGCUGCCAGAUGUAAUAAUCUUGUAAAUCCAUCAACUGCAUUGUCGACAUCUGCUACUUAUUUUAGAGGAAUGAGCGAUUUUAGAUGUGCACUUAUGAACUUUCUAUAUUUUAGCCAAUUUUCUGUAUUUUAGUGUAUCGGUUAAGCCUAGCUGUAAGUCAUUGACAAGGCGAGUGAUCAGAUAAUAAGUGGGAAAGGGGUUUUAUGCUUACUCUUGCUCUACUGAUACCACAAGCUACACCAAAGUCAAUCAAAUCUCAGUUUUUUUGGUCAAAUGAGUUUCGGAGAACAGCAUUAUAUCUAUUGCUUGAGUUUUUAAGAAGAGUUGAAGUUCAUUUUUGUGUUGGCCCAAGCCGUUGGCGUUCCAAUAAUAUAUAUCAAUUUCAUUCAUAGCUUAGACAAAAUCGUUUGAAGGAGGAGAUUUUGAUUUCAAAUUAAAUCUUGCAUCAUACUUUGCAUUGAUGUCAUAUGUUCUUGCAUUAUACGUAUAAAAUUAUUUAGCGUAUUUUCAAGUGAGUUAACAGAGGUGCACCUUUUAAAUCUUGGGUGUAGGAUACAAAUUUGGUAUUAGUAGGUUUUUGAACUGUGUGAAUCUCCACAAAUGACACAUAUACUUUGUAAAGCGCAUUAUCGCUAUGGCCAAAUUCUUGACAAUUAUGGCACUGAACCGAACCUAUUCGCUUACGGGGUUCUUCCACGGAAAUACGACGGUGAAGAAGGUACCGCAGUUUGUAAAUGGAAUGGACUUCUCCUUUUUUAAGAGUUGGAAAUCUGGCUCAAUAUCAACUCUAAACAUUGGCCUUAUCAUUAAUGUUGUGAUUUUUGUUGUUGAUUACGUAUCUAACCCUGAAACCUUCUUCUAUCAAGGUACUUUCUAUUUCCGAGGAGCUUAUACUGUGUUCAAUGCUUUUGAGGAUGACUGCUAAGCUACAACUAUUUUCUACGACAAAUUGGCGGCGGCUAGAACGUUUUCUGCACACGCACUAUAUCAUCAGCAUUAGAAACCAAUAUGAAAUCGAUUAUUGCCUUUGCUGCUGGGCGAGCCCAUCAAGGGGCUGGUAUUAUGGUCCUAGAAGGGAUUACAAGAGCAGAAGACCCAUUUUCCAAUCGUUGUGUUCGUUGUUGGUGCGCCACUCCAUUGCACACCUAUCAAGACAAGUCGACAUGUAUAGUUGGAACAGGAUCAAUGGGUUCAUGUGAAAACCAAGUGAUCUGAGUAAAAGAGACUCAGAUAAACUAUAUGAUUUUAACGUUAUCUGGAUAUGAAUACAAACAUAAGAAAACGUGAAGUAAAAAGUUAUCCAAUUAUAUUCAACACGCUAAAGAAUGCAGUUUUUUGGUUUGUAGGGAAGUAAAUAUUCACAAAAUCGGACCAAGUUUCAAAAAGGUAAUAUUAACAAAGUAAGGGUCCCAAUGGCAAAAAAAUGUUGUCCCUUAUUCUCCAGAAGUAAACCAUUCUAAGGCUAAAAUUGCGAAAUUUUUGGCUCUUUGACAAAGUUGUUUCCAGGUUUCUUUCAGCCAAGAAGAAAAAUUUUACCACUUACAGCUAAGACUCCACCAUCUUCAAAUUUGGAUAACGUUAUAAAUCAGAAAUCUAUCAUUUUUCCUAAAUUGAAUUGACUAAAGUCUCAUUAUUGCUCGUUUAAGAAAAAGGAGCUGUCCAUAGUAAAAAAAACUAUAAGUUGAACAAAACCAAAAUAUCUAUUCAAAUACGAAGUAUGCAGGUAAUUACUUACUGAAGCCUGAUGAAAGAUUAUCAUGUUCGGAAUUAAUUAAAGAACAUUUGUAAGCAGCGGUAAACGUCUACCACGAACAAACUUACACUUCUACACUCGUCUCGGAAUCAAAUAAUUUCCCCUGUUACAAAGUGCAGGAUGUGAAACAGAGAGACUGUGGCCCUGUUAUCUAUCGGGAAUACAUCCCUUUUUUUUGUGUAUGUUCCAAAAACAAAAUCGUCAGCUUUAUUGGUACAGCAUGCUUGGUAAUCACAGUGAUCAAGAUAAUGUUGAUAUCAAACGAUGUAAUAAUAAUAAGCUCACACCUGAAUUUCCACAAAUUCUUCCACAUGAGUUUGAAGAUCAUUACGAACGGUAUGGCAGUACAGAGAAAAAAUCAACAUAAAAUAUGUCAAUACAUUACUCUGCAGGUCAUUAUGAAUCAAUAGUAAUGUCAUUGCCGCAACAAGUCCAAAAAGAAUGUAAUAAAUUAUCAGUCAAUAAAAACCAGCACAACAUACUGUUAUGAAAAUAGCAAAGAUUUGCCCACUUUUGAUAAAGAAUUACUUCGUUCUACGUCUGAGUAUCAAAUUCUAAAAGUGUAAACUGUGUAUCUAUGAUUCACCACUAACUACAACCUCAAAACCAAGAACGAGGAAAGUAGUAUUGAAGAAGUGCUAAGUUCUAAUCCAAAAUAUUUGUCGUUACAAAUACUCCUACUACUAACAACACAUGAUCUCAGCAGUAAUAAUGUUUGCAGUUUGUUGUCAGUAAAAGCUAAAUAUUCCACUGCACCAAAUAAUAUUAAAUGCUCGGAGUGUUAUUUCCUUAAUUUUGUAAUAAAUCUCAGCGGCAAUAACAACUUUACAAUAAGUUCUAGCGGUUAUUGCAAUGAAAUGGUUGGCACUCAUGAAAAAUCGCAUCUAAAACAUACGAAUUCACAAGUUAACAAUAAUAUUUCACAAACACUUAACCAUCAACCAAUAGAAAGACAAAAAAUUUUGGUUGGAGAUGCAACUACGGAAACCAAUUCAGAUACUCGUUUUAACACUCUAAGAGUUAUACCUGCGGACAUUGCCGAUUCUGUAGAUAAAAUCCCAAACGGAAGUACAACGGAUGCCGUUAAUUAUACAGUUAAUGGAGUUAAUAUGAUAAAAAAUAGCACUGAAAAUCUGAUUAGCAAAACUGAGUCAUGCUCGCAGCAUCAGCCAAAUACGAAAAUUGCUCAAAUUUUUGGUAUAAAUUGCUGCCACGCAAGAAAGGAUUCAUCUGAAAUGCAAAAUCCACUCAAUGACGCCGGGGUCAGUAGUAACGUAUAUCCUAUAUCAAAGAUAUCUUCAGUAAAUAUGAAAAUCUCUCUGCAGCGAGAAUUAAAUGAUAAUUCUACCAGCCGCUUACGUUUUCAACAUAUGAUGGCUAAACAGUGUGAUAGUACAGAAAUAAGGAAGGAUGAGUUAGACAAAAAUUGGUAUGCUUCAAAAUCAAUUACAG